GACACUGAGACACUACCAGAGACCAGACCAGUACCAUACUAGACCAGACCUGACAGGGGCUCAUCUGCACCAACAUGGCUGAGACGGGCGGAGACACAAUAUUUGGAAAAAUCAUACGCAAAGAGAUUCCUGCCGACUUAGUCCACGAGGACGACCUGUGUGUGGCCUUCCGUGAUGUCAAUCCUCAAGCUCCCACUCAUAUCCUCGUCGUCCCAAGAAAGCCAAUUGUUCGACUGUCACAAGCGGAGGAUAGCGAUGCUGCAUUGUUGGGCCACUUGAUGAUAGUUGCGAAGAAGUGUGCUCAAGAUGCGGGCCUGUCUAAAGGCUUCAGGAUUGUCAUCAAUGACGGGGAGAACGGAGGCCAGACGGUCGACCACAUCCACCUCCACGUCCUGGGUGGACGCAGUAUGAAGUGGCCCCCCGGCUAAACUCCAUCUCCCAGCACAGAUCGUCCUGCCAUCAGUGUUCACGUCUGUUGUCCGACAACCAGUGCUGUUCAAUUUUGACCAAACCAGUCUGUCAUAGGAAGUGCAAGUCAAACAAAAUGUGGAAAUUCAUCAACGAUAAUAAAAAAGCGCUCAAAAACAA